CAGUCGUUGACUGGACGUGCUGCCGACUACAACGUGUAUUGACUGUGUAUCGCCAUUUCGUGGUUCCGCUCAGUUCAGUUUUCAGUUUUGAAUUUUACCUUUUUAGAGUUCUAUAUUGUUGUUGUUUUUUUGUUGUAUCUGUAUAUUGCCUUUGCGUGCGCGUCGAUUGCGGUUACAUACCUUUGAAAUUGUUGUGCUCUUGCGAAUGUUGCCAGCGCAUUCGGCAAACCAGUUCGCCUCUGCUUCUAGCGGACGGACAUAAAUUGGUGGAUGAGGAAUCAGUGCAGCUUGUGCUUUGUGUUAUAGAUACGAAUAUAUUUGAAAUUAACGGUGAGAGUUAUACUCGCAGAGACUUCGCGCGUCUUUAACGCGCCCAAAAUGUGAACAUUUUUGCACUUUUGAAAAAUAUUGCAAAUGAGUGAAUAUAAAUGUGUACAGCGCGCAGCGAGUACAACCGCUGCACGCGCAACCUCCACCAGCAAACCAAGCAAGCCCUUCUGUUCGUUGGCCUAUCUGGCCAAAUCCACAGCGGCCAUAAAUAGUAGUAACGAUGUUAGAAUUGUGAAAGGCCCCGGCCAAAAAAGCUUUACCGGUCCAUCGAGCACACCGAAUGUGGCCGCCACAGCGAAAGUGAACGAACGCGGUUCGCCUGGGCUACCUACGGGUGCUGCAACUGACAAUAACCAACGGCCAAACGAGACUUCUUCGACUUCAUGCAUUGCCAAUGGUCAGUCCAAUGGCAAUGGGCCAGGCGUACAGUCGGACGGCACCAACAAUUCACGGAGCAUCGCUGAGGUUUUCGGUGUUAUUAACGAGGAGGACGCCACACCCACUACCGAUCAGGUGGACGGCACCGAUGUGCGCCGUCCAUGGGAGCUCGGUGCGCACAAUGGCUACGUACGACGCAUUCCUCCUGCCCUAAUGACACCCGCGAACGCACAAAAUGGCUUUCCGCACUGCUCCAAUGGCUUGCCCUCACUGUCCAAGUUGAACAGCAUGGACUGCUGGGACUACACAAUUGAAUUGGAAUGCCUUAACGGACCACAAGACUUACAACUUGCCGCGGAGCUGGGCAAGACGUUGCUCGAGCGCAAUAAGGAGCUCGAGACGCUGGUCAAGGAGCUGAAGGGUACUAUCGAUGAGCAGCAACAGGAAAUUGUGUACUUGAAGAAACACACGAACGCACUGCGCGAAGUCAAUGACACCCGUCUCAAAGUCUAUGAGCAAUUGGACAUUGGCAUACAGGACUUGGAGCGGGCCAACCAGCGUCUGACCGCCGAAAAUACCAGCGAUAAGAAGCAUAUUAAAACGCUUGUACAAAAUAUCGAGGCGCUUGAGGCGCGUCAAGAUGAGCUCAAUAAGCAAUUGGAGGAGCUGCGGCAAGCGCUCUCAAUGGAGCGGCGCAAGAACGAGCGUCUCAGCAGUGCCAACGAGAGACGCAAUGCCGCCGGUGUGGCCAAUGACUCUCACAGGAACAAUGGAGUGCAGGACGCUAGUGCUGUUGAAGAGCCAACUUCAACGAGUAAUGGCAACGAAAGCGGCAGUGAAGUGUGCUUCGAAGCCAACACCACGGCGCCCGAGAACUGCAGUUUUGCAUUCCGUUCGGCGGUGCGCGCAGAUAGCAAAGCCAAUUCAACCAGCAUCGGCGCCAACCAAAGUCAUGACAAUUCGAUGGCGCUGAGUGACUUGUGCAGCGCAGAUGAAAGUGAAGAGAUUAUAAAGCUGGUCAAUGACUUGGAGAUGAUGAAAAAGGCGUUCAUGGCCGAGCAGCAACGUUGCACUGAGUUGGAAGAGCAACUAGUGGCCAUAAUUCAAGAGAAUCAAAUGCUGCAAAGCCGACUGGCGAACAAUAGUCCCAACGAGGAGAUGCGGUCAAUGCAGGAGGAACUUUCCGUAUUGGAUGAAGUGCGGCAAGGCAAGAUGUGCAGUCGCUGUAUGCGCGUUGUCGAGGAGCGCGGCACCAUCGGUGACGAGCAGUCGUCACUGGCGCCCACAGAGGAGUACCACGAGGAUGAGGAGCGAAGUCUGCUCGAUAACGGUAGCGAAUGUUCGCAGGCCGCCUACCGUCCCGGUGUAUCGAUUAAGGUCUCGCAACGCAUUGCUGACUCAUUGGAUCUGAGUAUCCCCAGUAGCCCAAACCCGUACCGAGAAUUGGUAGAGAAAUACGAAGCUUUGCUCGAGGUACAGUGUUCGGCUAUAGUGCGUAAGAAUACCAACACAGGUGGCGCUGCUGGCAGCGGUGGCAGUGGUAGCGGCGGUGACGGCAUGUCACUCGCCGAUGAGUUCCAAUCGUCGGGUGAAUUUAGUCAGUCACAAAAGUCGCACACGCCAUCGUCCGUCGCCGAUGAGCACGCAGCCGAUGAAAGUUGUGACGUUGGCUCUGCCGUUGGUAGUACCGCUGCUGGUGAGGCGCAAAAUGGCGGUAAUUCAAGCAUACCCUCAUCUAAUGCUGCGCACACCAACAAAAUGGCGAACAGUACGAAGGACACGCGUGGCCGUACGCCCACUGAGUACUCAGAAGCGGAAACUACUUCGUCGGGUUAUGCCGAUGAGACUAGUAAUAAGUCAACGCAGACAGAAAACCGGCCUGGCUCUUUCCUUUGUACCAUCGGCGAUGGCGAGGUGUGCAAGUUCAGCAUUUACGAUGAUGCCAGCCCCAUUGAGUCGCAUUUCCGUAAUCGUCCCGAGUACAAGGAACUUUUCAAGGAGAUUUUCGCGGUACUAAAGAAAGCGGCUACCAACAAGGAGGAAGGUGAGAAAUUGCCUUUGCUGGACGAUACCGAGCCCGUCGAAACUGGUGCUUGCAACGUUUCUAAAGUACCGCCAGUGACGCCUGCCAAUGAGGAGCUGCCAAUCGAUUUUGGAGAGGACGCACAGAGCAUUAUCUCAUCCGCGGUGUCCGAACAAUCGUUUGCCAUGUCCGAGUGUAUAACCAAGUUGGAACGCAAGACGGCAAAGAAGCAUAUUAUCGAGAAGAAUCAAGAGAACCAGCCGCCAAUGCUGGCGGGCACCUCUAUAACAACACUGGUUGUUGGUGGUAAAUCGCCAAUUGUUGAAAAUGGUCGUGUACUUACGCCGUUGAAACGGGAGCCACUCGAAUACCUGUCAGUGGGAGUGGGUAUCAAGAAGAAGAACCGUCGCAAGAACCGCAACUUUAGCGGCGAUCGUUCCGAGUCUCCGGCCACGCUGCCCUCACCGCCACGCUUCUUCAUUGCGAGUGGCAAGAAACGACGCGAUGUUCGCCCAUAUGUCCAAUCACCACUGGCGAGCACUAGUUCCGACCAACCACGCCCCUCACGCAGCACUAGCGGCGCACACUACGAAUGGAGCGGCAACUCGAUGAUCAUUUACAAUCGCAGUUUGAACUCACCCGGCACGCAGUCGACAUUACGCGGUCGAGAAUUGGACUUGAGCAAUCUCGAAUACCGACCAAGCUUCCUCUCCCGGGAGCUUAAUCAGCUAAAGAAUUUGGAGAUGUCGUACGCCGAGGUGCUGCGCAGCGCGGAUAGCUGCAAGCACGGCCACUGCCAGUCGGCAUCCCAUCACCACCACCAUCAUCACCACCAUCAGCAGCAGCAACAACACUCGCAGCAAAAGCAACACAAACAACAAAAGCUGCAGCGAAAUCGCAAAAACUAAACAAGUACAGACAAACUAACAACAACGCUGGGCUUUUCGGCAACGAAAAGUCCGUACCCAUUGUCGACUCUUGCAUUUGAUUUCCGCUCAAUAUAUCCACAAUCGGAUCCACAUAACCUAAAAAAUACAAAACUAAGAUCAUAAGAACAUAAUUACAUACAUACAUACAUGUAUAAGCGUACUAGCCCUAAUUAGUAUUUGAAUAGUUUGAAGAAGUAAACGUUUUGCCCCCACCCAACUAGUUAGGAAAAGCGGAGAGAAGCAGCACAGCAGUAAAACAGAAACUGAAACAGAAACAGAAACAGAAACAUAAUUGCAUAUGUGUAACAAAGCAAUAAUAUUCGUACAACUAAUUCAAUGUAACCUCAUUAAAAAAAGACAUUACAACACACACACACACAC